AUGGACGCCGACGCGCUCGCGCGCGAGUUGCGCGAAGAAAACGCAUCGCUCAGGCGCGAGAUCGAAGCGCUGCGGGAGCGUUCGGCGACGCGCGAGAUUGAAUUCAGGCAAGAGCUGCGCGCGUUGGCGGCGCAGUGCGCGAGCCUCGCGGCGGCGGCGGCGGUGACGAGCGCGAGCGCUGCGGCGACGACGGAAGCGACGCAAACGGAAGCGACGGUGAGCGCGGACGCGCACGGGGGUGAAUGGCGCGUCGGAGGAGGGCACGGGGUCGGCGGGCGGCCGCGGCGAAGCGCGCGCGCGCCGCCGACGGCGUGGGAGGUGCCGAACGCGUGGCCGAUGGGGGCCGAGAACGCGGAUCGGGCGUCGGCGAGGUCCGGAGAGGUGAGCGAUCGCGUUCGAGACGCGGUCGAGGAAGAGGCGAGGCGGCGCGGGCGAGGACGCCGCGGCGUCGACGCCGACGCGUUCGUCGGCGACUUGAGUUCGUUCUUCUUCAAAACGGCCAAGCACGAAGCGCCGGUGUGGGAGUCGAAGAAAAGCACGAAAAGUAACGAUAUCGACGCGACGUCGAUAUUGCGAAGCGCGCGCGACGGUGCGAGCGAGGACGACGUCGACGCGGACGCCUUCGGCGCGUCUUCGCGUCCCGCCCGCGAAACCGACCCGUUCGACCGGAGCCGCGGACGUCCCGCGUCGUCCCUCGACGUCGAAGACGAGCGCGAGGCCGAUCUCACCGAUAGUUUACGCGACGACGACGACCUCGUCGACGCCCUGCUCCGCGGCGGCCGCGACGGCGAGCGCGCCGCCGAGACCCUCGCGUCUCGGCUUCGCGCCGUCGGCUUCGCCGAUUCCUAG